AACCUCAAAAUUUGAUCCUAGUGCAUUUUAACCCGAACACAUUUUAAUUGACAAAAUUGUAGUUCCCAGAAAUCAUUUUGUCCAGACAAAGUGUGGUAUUUAUUCAAAAAAGAACGAUCUAAGAGUUUAGAUACCAAAAUCAACAAAUUGUAAUCGUAAUGACCUAACCUCAAAAUACUCGUGACAUUUUUGAUAUUUUUGACAAUGUAAACCCAUUUGUUCACUACUUUUGGUACUAACAUCAAAUGUGAAUAAACUAAGAGAAAAUUAAUCUCCCUUUCAUGGGCCAAAACCCCAUUUGAAUAGAAGUGUGCCGAAGAUUCAAAAUUUACAAAAAGUGAUUGGCAGACCUGGUGAAAGGUGAAUGUGUGCACGAAAAAAAAAGUGUCGGUGUGAAGUGUGGGUGGGGAACAUCCGUUCUAAUGGCGUCAGAUCUCAAGCACUGUUGUCACAUUUUGUCGUACAGUGUUUCAUUAUGUUGCUUUGUUUACGUUGAGCAAUUUUCGCGUGGAAAGUUGUCGGAUUCGCCGGGGAGUUUGAGACUCUUCACUAGGAGGUGAAAUUGGACCGACCCCCAGGUCGGUCCUUGCCCCAGGACUAUCGUAAAUUCCUCUGGGAAUCUCUCAGAGGAGUGACCUUGGAUCCUCUGACAUCUCCCGAGGAAUCAUUACCGCGAAAUUCGAAACCCGGAGGACUUCAUCAAGAAAAGAUGAUAAACUGAAUGAACCUAGACAAUUACUGAAUAGACUAAAUAAAUAAUCAAUCAACGAGUCAUGGAAGUGACGGUAGAAGAAGAAGAAGCCCAGACGGUGCUUUUGGGGGGAAUGGAGGGAGCACAGUAUAUCACAAUUCAGAGUGCUGAUGGCGAAUCUUUGGGAAAGGGAAUCUCUCUUUACGCACUUAACGGGGAAUUACUUUCUGAAGGAAUGGUCGUCGACAUGAUCAAUUCCGAUGUUGGAGCCGAGUACAGUACUACCGCUCAGUAUUACGAGGCUGAAGAUCUCCUACCUCCAGAUAUGACUGAGGAGGAUCGAAAACUUGCAGCAGCGCUGGUAGCCGUGCAAAUUCAGCAGCAACAGAAGCAGCAGUUGCACGACGAUUCUGGACUCAGAGAUGUUGUGGAACUGCAGACUCUUGAGACCGUGAAUAUGUACGCAACUGAUCCAAUCGGCGACUCAAAUCUAGAUGUUUAUCCGAGUUUGCCCGGGUACAAACACGAGGAGGAAAUUAAUUUUAAAUACGAGGACGAGCCCGAGAGUAGUGAGGAGGUGAUUCAUCCUGCAGGUGUGAAGAGGUCGCUGCCUCACAAGAAGCGAAUCCCCAAGAAGUUGAAACAGCAGGGGAAAAAGGUGAAUUCGAAAAAGCAGGCUAAAGUCAGUCAGGAAUCUGCCUCAAAGCCGCCUACCGCUAAUAGUGCCAAUCAACUUCCCACCUUCAAGUGCGAACUCUGCAGCAGCAAGUUCACGAGUCAGCUCAAAUUUUUCGAACAUCUCAAGUCGCACUAUGAACCAUUGAAACCGAUAGUCAAAAGUCAGAAUCUUAGUCUGGCGCCAGCUUGUCAGGUGGAAGAAGAGUUUAGCGAGAAUGAAGAUCUUAUGGAAGGAAUUAGAGGCGUUGUUGAAGAGACUGGUGCUCGCAUCGACGCUGAAACGGACAAUCCGUUACUAGAAACAAAUGAUUUGAAUUGGCCGAGUGCUGAAGAAAUUCAAAACCUGACGGAUAUUGCUCGAAAAGCAAAUACGUUAAAUCAAGAUGGUAUGCAUCCAAAUUCAAAUGUCAACAUUCCCGAUGCUUCUCCUACGAAAAAAGAAAGGAAAAGAAGCCAAAAAAUGCGUGAAGAACACACAUGCAAAGAAUGUAUGCGUUAUUUUAAUCAUAAAAAUAGUUUAAUUUAUCAUAUGCGAUCUCACAGUGGGGACAGACCUCACCAGUGCGAAGUUUGUGGAAAAAGAUUCUUUGCGGCCAGUGCAUUAAAGGUUCACAAGCGUCUUCACAGUGGCGACAAGCCUUACAAAUGCGAGGACUGUGGUCGAACAUUCCGCCAAUGGGGCGACCUCAAGUAUCACUCAACCAGUCUGCAUUCCGAGUUGCGACAAUUCCAGUGCGAAUUUUGUGGCAAAGACUUUGCCAGAAAGUACUCGCUCGUCGUCCAUCAGCGAAUUCACACCGGCGAGAAAAAUUAUUGCUGCGACUUUUGCACCAAGACCUUCCGGGCGAGCAGUUAUUUGCAAAAUCAUCGACGAAUUCACACCGGGGAGAAGCCACAUCCCUGCACAAUUUGUGCGAAACCGUUUCGCGUGCGUAGCGACAUGAAGAGGCACAUGCAGACGCACUCGCGAGCGAAUCCCGAUCGGAAGUCGGGCAAACCGUCGCCGGCGUCGCUGCCGCCGCCAGGCCCGAUCAAGCCGAAGCCGGAAGUCGAUCAGAAGCCGAUAAUUCCGAAAGUGCAGAAAACCGUCCGAGAUCUGGUGCAAGAGUUGAAGCUGGAGGUCGAGCCGGAGAGUAUAGGAAGAUAUGAGCCGGUUGAUUUGGUUGCGCCCGAAGAAAAUAAUGAGAGUAUUCUGCCGGAUGAGAAUACGGGCAAUUUGGAUUAUGUCCAGCCGGCCAGUCAGGAGCCGGUCACGGGAGAUCUCGAGCCGACAAUUCGAAAUUCCGAUAACUUCCACUAUCUCUUCAUGUAAAGAAAUAAAAUUGAGUAUUUCAUCAUCCUCAUCGAAUCCAGAGAAUUACCAGCACUUUUGAAAACGCCGAAAACUGAAUCUCAGCGCUCACAAAAGAAUUUUGUAAAUAUUUACGAUAACUAACAAACGACUGAAGAAAUGUCUUAACCCACAUCGCCUAAUCACACUAUUUUAAAUUUAAAAUAAAUUUCUAGUUAGCCUCCGUCAGCUUUAUUUAAAUAUCUUUCUCGGAAAGUACCGACUCGAAAAAAAUCCAAUAGCUUUAAAUUCAAUUUAAAACAAUUAUCAUAGAAUUAUUGUGUUUUCGUUACUUAAUAGCAGUAUCAGUUUAUUUUUAGAAUUUUUAAAAAUUCAACAAAGUAUCUUUCAAAUUGAAAAGGUGCCAUUUUAAUUAAUUGUUUACAAGGGAAAAAUUAUUCCUGCGUGCAAUAAAAAGUCCUUUUUUUUUCUUUCGUAAAAUUCUCUUUUUUUCUUUUCUUUUUUUUUUUUUAAUCGAAUUGGUACUUUGAAUCAGGACUGACUGGCUGAGUUCAGUAAAGUAUCUAUUAGCCAUAUUAAUCGUGUUAUGAACGACGCUUUUGCAUUGUAAAUAGGUCCGCGUAUUUACAAUAUUAUAUAUAUUAUAAUGAUUACAAUGAUGUAAAUUACGUGGCAGAGUAAUCGCCAGUAAUCGCGAUAAUGUCCGUACACGUUUUUAAAUCGAACAAUUUAGUCCUUUAUUAUCGUGAUCAAUAUUGAGAAAUAUAUUUUUUACGUCGAUAUGUUUACAGAAAAA